CCCCCCCUCCUUCUCCUCUUUCAUGCCAAACGCCACGAGGUCCUCUCCUAGGCGAUACACCCAGUCGCUCUCCUGCCCGCCCCGGUAUCCGGUACCCCCCGCCAUCGCUCCCAGCAGCAUGCGCUUGGGGAGGCGGUUGUCCUCCAUGCGCAUAACGAAGCCCGCAAAACACAGCCUCCGUUUGCGCACGGUGGCCUCGAUGGUUUCCUCGCAGCCGGCCUGGAUGAGGGCCUGGGCGUAGGACAGGGGUCGGUCUGAGCGCUUCCGCUUGCUCCAGCCGAUACACCGUGUCAGGAACUGGCGGUGGGUCCCAUUCAGCUUGGUGUAGUGCUCCGCUGCCAGGCUCCACGAGGCGCACCCGUAUAGGAGGGUCUGCACCACUUCAGCCUGGAGUAGUCGGAUCUUGAGCUGGCGGUUGGCCCGUUUCCUGUCGUACAUCGAAGUGCUGUUCCGGCGGUAGCACUUCCAUGCUCGGCAGAUGCGGCUCGUGAUCUCCCGGUCGACCUUCCCAUCCGCGCAGAUGGUACGUCCGAGUUGUUAGUAAACCAUAAUCGACUUCGCAAGUCGCGAGGGA